AUCAGCGUAUGCCUUACCUGCAAGAUCGGGCGCAACAAUUGCAUCACUGAUGUGCAGGAUGAUAACAACGAGGCAGGCAACUACAGAAUCCCCUACCCGGCAUCGGAGUCCCGUUACCACGGGGUUCACCUGCUGAUCAAGCCCCCCUAUCUCCAGCGAGAUUGACGUUGGUUUUGGUGCUCAUGACCGAUCUGAUGAGGGGAAGGAAUGUCUCCAACAGAGGUUAUAAGAAGCUCAAACAUCUCCUCUGGUUUUACCAUCUUCAAUCUUCAUCUCUUUCUUAAAGAAGUCAUCUCAAAUUUCAGCUUGCUCAAUUCAAUUCAAUUGUUAUUCUUUGCGAUAUCAUAUCAUUGGCUUCUGCAUAUUUGCCACUUGCACCUGCUUCAUUUUCUCCCACGAUCAAGAAACACCGCCAAUCUGUCUUCGUUAUUACUGAGCCUCAUUGUUCGCCCCCAAUUGCCAGCCUAUUCUCUCUGGCCCUUCCGACUCCAACCAUUCAACAUGGCGAUCCCAGACCACAACAACACUGACUCCACCCACCACUACGAAGAAUCCAUCGAUCAAUGGAUCUGCUCCCAAUGCUUCAAAACCGUCUCCCCAACCCGUCCUCCUGUAUUCAACCCCGAAAAUUGCUCCUGCGUUGAAGCAGGUGGCGGCGGUCCCGUCUCCCAACCUAGAACGGAGGAACAGCCAUUGUACGGCUACGACAAUACCAUGAAUCAACCAUCCUACGCUUCAUCCGUAGUCUCCUUCACAGGUCCCGAGGGCCCAGAGAGAGAAAACCCAAACAUGCAAAUCACGAACAACUACCUCCCCCUCGGCCCAGACACAGGAUUAAACGAGACCCAACAUCGUCGCUCGGCGAGCUUCGAAUCCGACAUGUCGUACCAGAUGCGGCGAUUCCUCGUCGAGGAAGGGUACGUGAAUGAGGAGCACCGGUUCCUGCAGUGGGGUGGAAGAGUUGGGGUGCGGGGGAUUUGACUGUUAAUGUUGGGGCUUGGAUGGAGGAUUUUGGGGGCGGGUAUGGAGAUGUAGGGAGGGGAGAGGGUGAGUAUCCGUUGGUUAUGAGUGGGGUUACAGAGUGUGAUGGGGGGAAU